UUGAACACCUGUGUUUGUUGAGUAAAUUAAAUUGUCUUUUACAUACUUUAUAGAUGCAUUAUAUCUCAUUGUUUGUGUUCAUAUAAGGCAGAGAGUUGCCAGAAUCACUGUUGUUUGGAUUGGACUUUAAUCGAAGGGUCUUUUUGGUGAUGACGUAUUUGUGAAAGUUGUCUGUUUGAGUUAGGAACUGAUUGGCACGUUCAUGUCCUUUUGUAACGUGGUGUCCAACCACAUGGUUUAGAAUUUGCAGCAUAAAAUACACGAGGUUUUAGUUUUAAAAACAAUACAAUGGAAGUGGACAAGUCUGUAAAGGAGGGAACUGAAGCGAGUCCAAGCAUGGAUAGCCAGAAUGCAAACGAAGAAUUUAAAAGUGUGAAAUCUAAGAAAUCCAGCAACAAGCGUAAGCGAAAACUGGAGGCUGGGCAGAUGGAAACUGAGGAUCACAACAAUGCAGCCAAGAGACCCGAAUUUCCACCAAUUUCUGGUGACAAGCUUAUGGGUGGUUCGGAUGAUAUGCGUAAAAUCGCAGUGCCCUCACAUCGGUAUACCCCUUUGAAAGAGAACUGGAUGAAGAUUUUUACUCCCAUAGUUGAACACUUGCAGCUACAAAUCAGAUUUAACCUGAAAACAAGAAACGUUGAAAUUAAAACUUGUAAGGAAACACAAGACAUAAGUUCACUAACUAAAGCUACAGACUUUGUAAAAGCAUUUCUAUUAGGAUUUCAGGUUGAGGAUGCUCUUGCUCUCAUCAGAUUGGAUGACCUCUUUUUAGAAAGUUUUGAUGUCACAGAUGUUAAACCACUGAAAGGAGAUCACCUUUCCAGAGCAAUAGGAAGGAUAGCGGGGAAAGGAGGAAAAACUAAAUUUACAAUUGAAAACGUGACAAGGACAAGAAUAGUCCUUGCUGAUGCAAAAGUACACAUACUGGGAUCUUUUCAGAACAUUAAGAUGGCACGGACAGCAAUCUGUAAUCUUAUUUUAGGAAGCCCUCCAUCUAAAGUUUAUGGCAACAUUCGAGCAGUGGCAAGCAGAGCAGCUGAACGAUUCUGAAAUCUCAGGACUGUCACCUUAAACUCAUCCUUGUUGUCACUGGGACUGAAUGAACUUCAGCAUUGACUCUGUGGGACCAGACGACGUUCGUACUUUGCACAGUGUUUCUGUAUUAGCCUGAAACAAAGUGGUAAAAUGGACAAUACUUUCAAAAGUAUAAUAACAUUUCCCCAUAAUUGUUACUGACAACUUAACUCAGGAGUGAUGGAUAUGUUGCAAAGUAGUUUAAAUAUUGAGUGAUCGAUGGAUAAUUCUAUCAACUGAAUUAAAAAUGCUCCAUUCUGAACAAUGGAUGGUUCUGUUUUGUUCUCCUGAUUUUCUCUAAACACUUUAUUUAAAAGUGAAAAUCAGCCCAACCCAUGUGUUUGUGUGGGUAGAAAUCCUCUGUGCCACAUUUACAAAUUAGUGAACAAGAUAGCAGAACUUCAAUAGAUUUCAAUAGAUUAUAACAUUUUGUGAAUUAAGUGUAUUUAAAUGUGUAGGUGAAUCUGAACAGGGAAAAAUGUAUGACUUACAACAGACCGCCUUUUUUAAAUCUAUACUGUAGUUUACAAGAUCUUUAGCUUCCAAAAUCUGAAAGGAUUCAGUAGAAGUAUAAAGAUUCUUUGGUAGAUGUUGGAAGAACUUUCUAUACAUUGGAUAAGAAACUGGUUUUACUCAAUCCACAACAAUUUACAAAAUAUACAGUAAAGAAUAUUAUUUCAUG